AAGGUUUAUUAUAUCGGUAUAAAAAGCGCGUAUGGGCUGGUUUUGGUCAACAGUCAUCGUCAAGUGGUCACCACCAAGAGACCAGCUGUAGUUUAAUCAACUUAACUUUAGCAUCAAACUAAGUGACAAUAUGAAGAUUUUUGUGGCUCUUUCGCUGGCGCUGGUUGCACUGGCAUCCGCCGAUAUCUCAUUACGCAAUGGCUACAAUUAUAAUGUACAACAGCAGCCCCAACUCCAGCCACAGCCAGUUUAUAAUGGUGCACAGCAGCCAUUACUCGCACAGCUGCUAUCCGUGCUGCCGCAGCAACAGCAACAACAAUUGCAACAAGCGUUGCCUGGUAGUAUUAAUAAUCCAAUGCAAAUAACCCAACCGAGUCAGCAAUAUUUGCCCUCAAUGCUACAACAACAGCAGCAACAGCGUCGACCACUACCACUACAACAACAACCACUGCAAUCGCUACCACCACAACAAACACUUCAAUCGCUGCCACCACAACAGCCUAUCCAACGCCUACCACACAGCCCAGCCGUAUUGCCGCCGCAAGCCCUGCCCAUGCCGUCCAACUUCCCUGCAGCAGAAGGUUUCCACGUGCCACUCGCCCCCGUGAGCGUAGUCAAGCAGGCACGUCGUUUAAGACCACGCACCAAAGUACCAAAGAAAGCUAUUGUGACAAAGAAUUUCUUCAUACACUCAGCACCCGAUGAUAAUGAAGAUGAGAUCCAAGAGGAAUUGAAUCAAUUGGCCGCACAACCACGCAAACACUACAAUGUGCUGUUCGUAAGGACCCCGGCACAAACUAGCAAGACUGCAGCUGUCAACUUGGCUAAGGCGCUGAAGGAAGAGAAGACUGUUGUAUAUGUGUUAUCGAAGAAAACAUCAGCGGCUGAAUUGCAAGAUGCCAUUCAAGAGGCACCCCAGCAUAUUAACAAACCCGAAGUAUUCUUCAUUAAAUAUCGCACACCCGAAGAGGCUGCCAAUGCGCAGCGUCAAAUUCAAUCACAAUACGACAGCUUGGGUGGUACUUCCACCAUAACCGAUGAGGGAUUGGCCCCGGUUACUUCGGUUGUCGGCUCAUUGGAUGCGCCAGAGGAGGAGGAAAUCGAAGAGGAGCAGCAAUUGCCGCAACAACAGCAGCAGCAAGCUGGUGGAGAGGCACAUUACGAAGAUCAAUACCAGAAUGCCGUUAAUCCACCAGCAAGUGGUCAGUAUCUGCCACCAGUGAAUCAGUACUAAAGAUCUUCAUUUUGCCAAUGAAUGCUUAAUGUUAGUUGUUAUGAAGUUGUAAGAGCGCAAGGAAUUGUCAACAACUUUCAUUUGUUAUUCUAGUUUUAAGA